AUGGGAAAUGAUGGCGACGAAGACGAGUCUUCUGAUGAAAAUCAAUUAACUGAGGUACAAUGUUACUAUUUCAGUAAGGGGGAAGCAGCCUGUUCAACCUCUGACUCUCAUUCCGUUCAUGGUCGCCUCAAAUCCCAUAAUUCUCUAUGGGAGCUCCUGGGAGCCUCUGAAUUUAUUCUGUCUGACAUUCGCGAUGGUUGUGAGAUCCCCUUGUUGACUACGCCACCUAGAUAUUGGAGCAAGAACAAUCGUUCUUGUUUAGAUAACUGUGAUUUUGUUAUAGAAGCUAUCAUUGAACUCAUCCUGAAGAUGAUAAAAUUUUUAGAAGUCAAUUCCUAACAAUUACACAAUAUUAAUCCUUUGUCGGUAUGUAUUCAACCUUGCGGCAAGGAAAAAAGGCUCAUCCUUAGGCGAUCAAUCAAGAUCUCUACAAAUUUAAUUUCAAAUACGCGGCUCAUAAGAGAGCAUUGGAGUAUUUUUCUAUGGGACCUUUAGCUUUUAACCUCGAUUUUAAAAGUCGUUAUCAUCAUUUAGACAUUUGUCCUCAUCAUAGACAAGUUUAUCGUGGAUUUUCCCUGAUGGUAGAGAACGUUUCGUCAUGUUUAAUGUUCUUCUGUUUGGAUUAUCUACUGUUCAGUAUAUUUUACCAAAAUUUUAAGGCCGCUGGUCAAGUAUUGGGGGUCCUGAUGUUUUCAUUGUGAAGUAUAUUUAGAUCCCGCUUCUAAUCUUAUGAAAGGUGAUUUAUGCCCUUCUGGUUCUUUCAUUAAUGAAUCAAAGAGUAUUCGAACCCUGUUCAAAAAACUUGACUAG